AAUGGGAAAAUGAAACCUAAAAAGACCCGAGAAGGCCUCUUCCUUUUCUGAAGCUGCUGUUUUCAGCAGAGUGAACAACCCCAGACCGCAACCUCCCAAACCAUUGACGAGCAAGGCAGCGGAAAGGCAGACACAUCUGGACCUCUACGCGGUGUCCUAGGGUGGGAGACCCAUGGAGAAGUUUAAGGAGGUGCUGGAGCUGCAACGCAAGCACCACAACGCACUGAGCUAUGGCCUGGUGACCCUGCUGACAGCAGGCGGAGAGCGCCUCUUCUCCGCGGUGGUGUUCCAGUGCCCCUGCAGCGCAUCCUGGAACCUGCGCUACAGCCUGGCCUUCCUGCUGGUGCCGGCGCUGGCGCUCUUCCUUCUGGGCUACGCGCUGAGCGCGCGCACCUGGCGCCUGCUGACCGGCUGCUGCAUGUCGGGCGCCCACAGGACCUGCGGCUCCGGGUGGAGCGGCUUCCUGGCGUGCUUGCAGCUCACCGCGACCUCGGCGGUCGCGCCCCUCACCUGGGUGGCUGUGGCGCUGCUCGGGGGUACCUUCUACGAAUGCGCAGCCAGCGGGAUCGCUUCCCUGGCGCCGCGCCUGUGCUCUGGCCGUGACCCCAGCUGCGCAGCCGAUCUGCCGCUGGUGCCCUGCAAUCAGGCGAAGGCAUCCGACGUGCAAAACCUCCUGAAGGAGCUCAAAGCUCAGUCGCAGGUGCUGGGCUGGAUCCUGAUAGGAGCUGGGAUCUUCGUGCUUCUGAUUUUCACAUUUGUCGCCAAAUGUCUAUCUCCAGUUAGUUUUAUGCAGCUCAAAUUCUGGAAAAUCUAUGUAGAACAAGAGCAUACAAUCUUUAAAAGUCAAGCCAAGGAGCAUGCCACUGAAUUGGCAAAAGAGAACGUUAAAUGUUUCUUUGAGCGCUCGCAUCCAAAGGAAAACAAUACCCCAAGCAUUAAAGAAUGGCAGCAGAUUUCAUCGCUGUAUACUUUCAACCCGAAGGAACAGUACUAUAGCGUGCUGCACAAAUACGUUUCCAGAGAAGAGAAGAAUGAUAGUAUCAGAUCGUCUGAAGGAGAUGCAGUAAUUCCUAUGUUUGACUUUGUGGACACAACUAGUAUAAACAAUAUCCCUGUUGUGUGUCCUGACGGAUGAAUCAAAAGAAGUUAUUUUGAAUACCUUUUUAAAAAGAACUUAUUUUUAAAAAGUAAACAUAGGUAUUGUUUAUGAAUGCUUUUCUUUUCUUCCAAAUUGUGGAAUUUUAGAUCUGAAAUGAAAAUACAGAAUUUGCCCUCUUUAUUUCCAUCCCUACCCUGAAAAAAGAGGGGAAAUGGAUCACCCAAAGUGACAAACCAGAAAUGAGAAUUUUUGUAUUCCUAGUUUAGGAACCUUUUCACAUAAUAACUGUAGUCUUUUUUAAUGCUGCUUUCAAAUAAAAGAUAUUAGUAACCAACAA